GGGGGUCACAUACACCCCCAGAUGGUUAUUCAGAUUCUAGUAUUUUAUGGUUGAACCCUAGUAUAUUUUUUAGUGUAACCACUGGAACAAUGUGACUGCUAACUUCCAAGUCAACUGCAUUUUUAGACUUAUUCAAGCAGUAUUGUAAAGUGUGCUGUAUGGUGUGUAAUUGGUGUAAGCGUAUAUGAAUUUGACAGCAUUGAACCUCGUAAUUAAACGUAAUUGCAAUAAAAUAUACAUCAUGACAUCAAAGUAAUCCUUUCCACUGAAUAGCUGUGUUAUCUGAAGAAAUUUGUUAGAGUACUGUAACAAAAACUUUUGUUUUAUUUAAGUUUUAGGUAAAUGUUUCAUAUAAUACGAAUACUGUAGAAAUCAAACAGUAUGGAGGUCGAUGAAAACAAUGCAGCAGCGGCUCCAGUGGAUACACCGAUGGAAGUUGACGAUGAUACUUCUGGAAAAAAUACAGCUCCGCCAACUAAUCCUCCAAGCGCUAUCAAAGUAAUGGCAUCUUCUGGUACUGUUGGCUCUGUUUCUAUUAGUCUUCACCCUCUCGUUAUAAUGAACGUUAGCGAACAUUGGACGAGACUUCGGGCUCAAGAAGGAACAGAUCAAUUAGUGUACGGAGCAUUGAUUGGAAAACAGAAGGGACGUAAUAUAGAAAUUAUGAAUUCCUUUGAAUUAUUGUUCACAUGUAUCGGAGAUGAUGUUGUAAUUGAUAGAGAUUAUUAUAAUACUAAAGAAGAACAAUUUAAACAAGUGUUCACUGACAUGGACUUCUUAGGAUGGUAUACCACAGGAGACAUGCCUAAUGAAAAAGAUAUCAGAGUACACAAACAACUUUGUGAAAUCAAUGAGAGCCCUGUGUUACUGAAACUUGAUCCAAGACCAAAAAAUACAGAUCAACUUUCCGUGUCUAUGUACGAAUCUGUAAUUGAUUUGGUUAAUGGGGAAGCUACAAUGUUGUUUGUGCCAUUGACUUAUACAUUGGCAACAGAAGAAGCAGAAAGAAUUGGACUUGAUCAUGUGGCAAGAAUGUGUAGUAAUGAUCAAGAAGAAAGUUCAUUAGUUGCAGAACAUCUCACUGCACAACACAGUGCUAUAAAAAUGUUAUAUUCAAGAGUGAAUUUAGUUCUAAAAUAUGUGAGGGCAGUACAGAGUGGUGAACUAAAAGGGAACCAUGAAGUUUUAAGAGCAGCUUGUUCUUUGGGACAUAGAUUACCAGUUUUAAAUAAUCCGAAAUUCAAAGCUGACUUUUAUAAUCAAUGUAACGACUUUGGUUUGAUGACUUAUCUUGGAAUUAUAACGAAAGGCUGCAACAAUAUUAAUCAGUUUGUUAACAAAUUCAAUAUUUUGUAUGAUAGACAAGGUGUAGGUCGUCGUUUACGAAGUCUUUUCUUGUGAUAAGUGAAAUGAAACUCAUUUUUUUAA